CCGGCCCUGCGCACGCAACUCGCGCUCCUAACGCGAACAAGUACACCGACGCACUACCUACGAUGUUGCCUCUCAUCUCUCGUUACAACGAGAUGGUUUCGAAGUCGUGUAUCUGGCUCGUCGCAGCGGCUCUUUUAGCCGCUUGCGGCGUAAGUGCAGGCGUAGGAAGUAAGCGGCCCUUCACACCGACUGAUUCGAUUUUGGAUAUAAUCGACACCGAACAAGUCGAAAGGAUGCUAGCAGCUCGACGACGAACGGAAGAAGCCACCGGAUCUUCCGCUUCCUACGUUCAAAGAAAUGAACUAGGCGAAGGAAGUUCGGAGACUAUGGUGGUCUCUAUGCCGGAUCAAGAAGAGGCUACCGAAAUACCCAAAGGCGCUGCGUUUCGAAAAAUUUUGAAGUCAUCAAAAAACGCGCUCGUCGUCACUAAAAAGGAGUAUCUCAAGGAAGAUUGGUGUAAAACCGAACAAUUAAUACAAAAAAUCCGUGAACCGGGUUGUUUGCAAGCGACAGUGAUAAAUAAUUUCUGUUAUGGCCAGUGCAAUUCGUUUUACAUUCCGAAGAGUCCGCGGCACCGGGAGAGCAACGACGAGCGCCAUCGGCCCGCGUUCAAGUCUUGCUCAUUUUGUAAGCCGAAAAAGUUUACUUGGAUCACUGUCACGCUUCGUUGUCCAAGUCAGAACCCACCAUAUAAACGAAAGCGUUUACAAAAGAUCAAACAGUGCAAGUGUCUACCGGUCGGCGUGAACUGAUAGAUGCAGUGUACGUCAGACCCUCCACAACAGAGGCGGCCCAUCCGUCCAGUCCAACGUCUCAGGUGCGCCAAGUACAUGAGGACAUCUGAAAGGAGUAAAUGGGAAUCGAUACACAAAUAUGACGGUGACGUGUGGAAUAAUGAUAUUAUUACCUGAUGCUUCGAUAAUUAACGCCCGUUUAACGAAUAGGAGCCAGCAAGCGGUAGGCAUACAGGCCAGCAUAAGCAUUCUAUUCGCAUACGCUCACAUACGUCAACAGGGAUGACGUCAUGUGAUGCAUAUAUUAGGCGAUAAAUUUUGUAAUACUGUGAUUGCAAGUCGUCAAGCAGUUUUAAUUGUCUUUAGUGAUACUAUUUAAUUGGACACUACAAUACAUGUGACCUUGUAAAUGUUUGACAGCAAUUAAUAAGUGCAAACGAACAGUGGAAAUCUGUGUUCAUUGCGUUAAUAGAAUGGAAACUAUAACGUAUACAGAGCAACUACUUUUAAUUAAUCAUGUGAUAUUAGUAGUAGGAUAUAAUAAAAGUGAAAAUGGGACGUUGAUUCUUUUUCAAGCAAGGCAAGUUUCGAUUUAUAACUUGUUUGAAUAGAUUUUAAUCAAAUCUAUGUAAUUAGAAACAUUAAUUAUAUUUAUGAUCUCUUAUUGCUCUCAAAUUAAUAAAAACGAAUCGAGUGAAUAAUGAGUUUAAAAAAAAACAGCUAAUUUCUACAAGAUUUUUAAUACUGUCUAGAAUCAAGAAAUAUGUUCUGACAAUACGUAUUGGUGACUUUUAUUGUAAUUAUUUCACAUAUAAUCAACGUAAUUAUUAGGAUAAUCAAUCGAUUAUAAUGUCGUUCAAGAGCAAUGGAUAUUAUUUAUCCAUAACUAAAUUACAUUUUCCUGGAAAAUUCUGCCAGGAAAAAUAAUUGUUAUUUUAUGGUUAAUUUCAAGUUUUGCAUGUUAUGGUAUGAAAAUGAGUAACAUCAAGCGAAAGCACAUCUGUUUAUUUAUUACAAACAUAUCCUGGUGUCUUUUGGCUGGACAAUUAUUUUUUAUGACGUAAAGAAAAUGUAUUCAGUGAAAUGCAUUCUAAUGGUGAAAUAAUUUUUCAAAAUCGGUCCAGCAGUUUUUGAUACGUUACAAAUAUACAGAACAUAAAAGCCGAUUUUGCAGCACGCUUUGAUGUCUACCAAGAAGAUAUUAAGCUUUUGAUAAGUGUAUACUGUUCUAUGUCUAACCCAGUAUUACUUAUGCUUUUAAAAAUUAUAGUUUGAGUAGUACUCGUUAUUCUUAAGUGAGUGGUUUUCUUGCCAUACAUCCUACUCAGCUGAUUAACCGAUAACAAACUAAUAAUUUAUUGUAUAAAUAAUUAGAAUAUAUCACAAUUAAGUGUACGAAAACUAAAUUAUUACCAACAUUGGGUUUAUUUUAUGAAUUAAAUGUUUAACUAAAAUAAUAUUAUAUCCUAGUAUUGUACAUUUCCACAUAAUAAUUCGGACUGAUAUUUAUAUUACUAGAAUAAUAAAAAUAAACUGCUAA